AUGAAAGUGAGUUUCUUUCAGGGCCGGCACCAUGGCUUGGCUUUGAACAUUUUUUCACAGAUACUGGACACCAGCUUCGAUCAGCUCUGCUCUUCUUGGGAAGACAUGAUUCUGGAGCUGGAUUCAAAAUUCACCAAUUACGCCAGGGAUUGUCUCUCCCGCAAUAAGGAGUGGUCACUCUGCGCCGAGUUGUUGGAAUUCAUCUUGUUUGGCCAUUGUCCAUCCACUCUACGCAAAUUCCUCGUCGAAGAUUGGACCGCGCAUAGCCUUAAACGCACUGGCACCGCAACGCUGAAGACAUAUGAGUCGAUUAAAAUUAUAUGCUUUCAGCAGUUACAAUUUAUUCUUCAGAGAAUGCUGCUUCAUGCUUCCGAACUGCUUGGAAACCUUCGAGACACGCAACGUUUUGCACCCUUUGGGAUAACGGAACACAAGGCAGUCCAACUAUGUGCUGCCGUGGGCUCCAUCUUGCAGAAAACCCAAGAACUUCAUCUUAUCAUCGAGAAGAGCAUCAUACAUCUGCGAGCUUUUUUCAAAUGGAUCUACGUUGCCAUACUGGGGCUUUCCGGCCGCAUUUUACCCGACGACUUCCCGCGGGUCACUCCACCGGAGCGUGAACUGGUGAUCGAGUUCAUUACAAAAUAUCUCAAACCUGUCAUCAUUCAAGGUGAACUACAAAGCUUCCAUAUCGAUUUGGUGCAGCAGUACAUCCGUUCGGGUGAAGUCCAAAGACCACUGGAAGCUGUUGCUGAUCAAAGUCUACCGGAAAACGAGGACCGAUCGAGGCUGCGUGUUUUAGUCAAUUUUUCAGACGAACAGUUGUCCAGCGGAAACUUUCCAGCUGGAUUAUUUCCAUACUGCCCCAAGGCGACGCUGGCGGACCUGGUCAAGACACUGUCGGAUCGUGUUCAGUCUUUGUUCGGACCUCCUGGGCCCGGUGACUUCAGUCGCUCGUGUUUCGCAAUCAACAAGUUGGUAUCACAAGUAUUGGUCCGCACAAACGCUGCAUCCACAAAUAUACUUACUGCCGUUCACUGUCAACCCACACUUAUCGAGUCAAACACAAACCUACACCUGAAAACUUUGGAUACCUGCCCUGAGAAAAAAACAUUGCUGGCUUGGAGCUGUUCAAUGCGGGAAUCAGAAUCAAAGCUUAUGAUUGCGGAAUUGACUUCCAGGCAACCGUAUACAGAUUUGAGCAUCACACGAACCGUCUGCGUUGCAAUUGAUACCUUACCCUCCGUGUCGGAUCAUAACAACGGAUCCUUUGAAUUGCUGGGUCUUGAAUUCUUCACCUCGGGCUCUCUCCUCUUGCUCGUCAGUCGUCCCUCACGUUCAACUGAUCCAUCGAUUUCAUCCGGUUCUUUUAAAGACAACAAUCCCAGUUGGUUUGUUAUGCUACAAAUACAGGAAGUGCUAUCGGCGAGCAACCAUGCAUUCUACAACUGCGACAGUAGUUUCCCGGAUCCUCUUUAUUCUUUUAUCGACGAAUCCCUUAGAAUCGUAUGUCCUGCGCGACUGUCGAAUUGUAUCACACCCGAUCAUGUCGAGCCGCUGCCACAGAAUGCGAUUAGAUUUACUUCUAACGGAGAGCGAUCUAUCGUGUUUGUAACGGAAUAACUUUCGAUGGUUAUCAAGGACAGCGGCCACUUCCAUCUCUGACCCACGAAGAGGCCACCAGGAUUCGCGGUCUCUCUUCAGGCUAGCACGGAGUUUUGCCCGGAGCUCUUUGCGAGUUUCGUUGUGUUCGCUUCCAGUUGGAAUAUGUCGGCGAGCAUCGGUAAGUUCCAGAGACCGCGAAGAGACCCAAUGUCCAUGUUGGCUAUUAGACUUACC